AGUAGAAAUGUUGCAGUCAAAGCGUUUACGUCGUCGUAAACAAACUCCCGCUCAAUUCUCAUGUAAUUCGCCCAUUUUACCCCCAAAAUCACCCCAAAAGUGCCCCAAGUGCCUACAGUGUGCCCCCGUGAGGGUCGUGUGUGGUGUGUGUGGUGAAAAUUCGGGGAAAAUCCCAACCGACCUGUUGCUAACAUCCAUUGGAAUUAAGUUUGCAGCAGCUGUGUGAACUUCUGUGUGGAGGAUUCUUCGUUUAUUUUUGUGAAUUUUGUGUCUUCUGUGACGGAGUUUUUGGGUGCCCCAGCCCAGAGCAGUGAUUACAGUGAAUGGGCGCCCUUUCCGGUUCGUCUGGGGCGUGUUUGUGGUGCAAAAUAGGGAGCGCAACAGCGGGUGGGGGAGCAAAACAUGGAGCAUGGUCGCUGUGAACAAAGGAGGAGAGUGAGAUUCCAUGACUCAUAGGCGACCAGACUGUGCAGACUCUUUUUUUUCUUCUAACUUUUGUUCGUGAUGUGCAUUCGCGAAAGUGAAAUUCACGGCUUGUAGUGGAAUAAAAAAGAAUCACAGCUAAAACACACAAGCCUCCAAACUCUGAAAUUAGAAUUCAAAAGAGAAAAAAAGGGUAAACAAUGGGCAUUUCAGCAUCCAGGGCAGCAGAUCCCGUGGAAACCACCACAAUCCACAGGGAUGAAAUUAGCUACAUGAAGCACCAUCAUACCAGCCAUCACAUCCGGCAGCCCAGUGUACGACGCAGCUGUCAACCGAUGCCGGAUCGCAAUGAGCUGGAGAGGAGAUUCACGAAAGUUCUUGCAUCAAUGGACCUACCACCGGAUAAAGCGAAAUUGUUGAAGAAUUACGAUGAUGAGAAGAAAUGGGACAUAAUAUGCGAUCAGGAAAUGGUCCAUGCGAAAGAUCCACCGUCACACUAUUUGACCAAAUUGAGAACAUAUUUGGAUCCAAAAGCUUCACGAAGUCAUCGGAAAAGAAAAAUUGUGGGUGAAUCAACAUCAACGCAAGUCUUGAGGGAUUUAGAGAUUUCCCUGAGGACGAAUCACAUUGAAUGGGUUAAGGAGUUUCUCGAUGAGGAGAAUCAAGGUCUGGAUGCACUCAUAGAUUAUUUGAGCUUCCGCCUAUCCAUGAUGCGGCAUGAGCAGAGAAUCCAAGAGGCACGAAAUGAGAGUGAGGAGACACUCAAUACAACGGUGAACUCCUCGGGUGUACUGUCGUCAACAUCAAAUGCUGCCGGGAGUAAUGAACUGACGCCUCCAAGUGGAAAUUGUGGCGGUAGUCGGCACCAGCAGCAGCAGCAGCCGAAUGGUUUCAUAAGACCCGGUUUGGGGGAUUUAAUUGAUAGUCCCAGCAUAAAAAGGAGAUCUAGGCAUAUUGCAAAGCUCAAUAUGGGCGCCUCGACGGAUGAUAUUCACGUGUGCAUCAUGUGUUUGCGUGCAAUAAUGAAUAACAAAUAUGGCUUCAAUAUGGUUAUUCAGCAUCGUGAGGCAAUCAACUGCAUUGCAUUGAGUCUCAUCCACAAGUCACUGCGGACGAAGGCGCUAGUGUUGGAACUUUUGGCGGCAAUUUGCCUCGUCAAGGGUGGUCACGAAAUCAUCUUGUCGGCUUUCAACAAUUUCAAAGAAGUUUGUCAUGAGACGAAACGCUUCCAAACUUUAAUGGAAUAUUUCAUAAAUUAUGAAUUGUUCAAUAUUGACUUCAUGGUAGCUUGUAUGCAAUUUGUAAAUAUUGUUGUACAUUCAGUGGAGGAUAUGAACUAUCGUGUACAUUUGCAAUAUGAAUUCACUGCCCUGGGGCUCGAUGGGUACUUGGAGAAGUUGCGUUUGACUGAAUCCGAAGAGCUGCACGUGCAGAUUUCGGCAUAUUUGGACAAUGUCUUCGAUGUGGCUGCCCUAAUGGAGGAUAGUGAGACAAAGACAGCUGCCCUUGAGAGGGUGCAGGAGUUGGAGGAUGAUUUGGGUAGAGCAUUGGAUCGUGUGGCGGAGACAGAGCGGGAGUUUAUGUACAAAUUAGCUGAGUUGGAGACGGAGCUUGUGAGGGUGCGUAGUGAGUGCGAUGAGAUGCAGCAGAAGGCACGGCAGACGGAUGAGGAGGUGUCCACGUUGCGCAAAGUCCUCAAGCAGCGUGAGGAAGAAUCACGGAAUAUGGCAAAGAAUCAGCAGGAAAUGCGAAUGAAUCAACAGCAGGAGGUGCCGCAAGUAGUGGCUCCACUUGCACCCCCAAUUCCACCACCACCGCCAAUUUCUGCCCUCGCCCCACCGGAACCAAUUGCACCACCCUGCCCACCACCACCACCGCCAAAUGGGACAAGGAAUGUGGGGAGAGCAUCUCCCUUCAUUCCAGCACCACCACCACCAAUUGCCGGGCAAAUGCAAGCCCCUGAUGGUGCAAUGACAAUCAAGAGGAAGGUACAGACGAAAUACAAACUCCCCACGCUCAAUUGGGUUGCACUGAAACCAAAUCAGGUGAGAGGGACAAUUUUCAAUGAUUUAGAUGACGAAAGGCUGUACAAGCAGAUAAAUUUUGUGGAAUUUGAGGAAAAAUUCAAAAUUGGCCAAGGAGGUGCUUUUGCAAAUGGGAAUUCCGAAUUGGAUGGACUUACAUCGUUCCCCAGUAAACGCUUCAAGAAGCCCGAGAAUGUUUCAGUUCUCGAGCACACACGUCUCAGGAAUAUUGCAAUUUCACGGCGAAAGCUGGAAAUGCCCGCGGAAAUGGUCAUAAGGGCAAUAAAUAAUUUGGAUUUGAAGCAAUUAUCAUUGGAAAAUGUGGAAAUUCUCCAGAAGAUGGUACCAACGGAGCAAGAAGUUAAGGCCUACAGGGAAUACAUUAAUGAGAAGAAAGAUCUCAAUUUACUAACGGAUGAGGAUAAAUUUAUGAUGCAACUGGCAAAAGUUGAGAGAAUUUCCUCAAAAUUAUCCAUUAUGAACUAUAUUGGGAACUUUUUUGAUAGUAUUCACCUCAUUAGUCCGCAAAUCUAUGCAAUAAUAAAUGCAUCAAAUUCCGUGAAGAAUUCAAAGAAAUUAAAGGCAGUUUUAGAGAUUAUUCUUGCCUUUGGGAAUUACAUGAAUAGCAGCAAACGUGGUCCAGCGUAUGGAUUUAAGUUACAGAGUUUAGAUACGCUCCUUGAUACAAAGUCAACGGAUAAGAGAAUUUGCCUUCUGCACUACAUUGUUGCCACGAUGCGACAAUCCUUUCUGGAUUUACUGAAUUUCGACACGGAACUCUUUUGUAUUGAUAAAGCAGCUCAGGUGUCGCUGGAGAAUGUCAUUACGGACGUUCAUGAGCUUGAGAAGGGAAUGGAGGCUGUACGGAAGGAGGCUGAACUACGUGGGAAGGGACCGCAUAAUCAUGUUUUGCGUGAUUUUCUCAAUAAUUCCGAAGAGAAGUUGAAGAAAAUUAAAAUUGAUGCAAAAAGUGCGCAAGAUUCCUUCAAGGAGUGCGUUGAGUUCUUCGGGGAGUCCAAUAGGAGUACUGAUGCCAAUACAUUCUUCUCGUUGCUCGUACGAUUUGUCAGGGCAUUCAAGACGGCAGAUCAGGAAAAUGAGCAACGAAGACGUUUGGAACAGGCAGCCGCGUUGGCGGCAUCAAAGAAGGAGAAUGAAGAAGUUGUUUUGCGGAAUAAGAUCAACAAUCAGAAGAAGCAACAGGAGGCAGUUAUAAAUGAAUUGAAAAGUAAGACAAAUGCUGUGCGUGAGAAGAAACUCCUGCAGCAGGAUGAGGUGUACAAUGGGGCUCUCGAGGAUAUUCUGCUGGGGCUGAAGAGUGAACCCUACCGCAGGGCUGAUGCCGUAAGACGCAGCCAACGACGUCGCAUUGAUAGUCAUCGUCUCUCACGUACAAUGGAAGAGAUGGAUGUUUAAUCCUCUGAUUUCCUCUUCCUCAUCCCAAAAAAAAGAAAUCAAAUUCCAUUCCAAUUUAUCGCGCAACAACUCAGCGAGAAAAAAAACCACAAAAAGGGGCCUUUUGGAUGAAAGAAAACAAAAAGACAAAGAAUUUUAAUCAUUUAGGAGAUUAAGAGAAAAUUUUUGAUAUAAAGAAGAAUCCUUUUUAGGGAGAAAAGAAAAAUUCUCAAUUUUUUUUCUGUGAGAAUGCUCUUAAGAUAUAUUUUUUCUCAUGUCUUUUUAUACAUAAAAAAAAUAAUGAUAAAUAGGAUGAUAUUUAUUAUAUAAAUUUUUUAUAAUGCAAUUUAUACACGCAUUUACAAGAGCUUGACGCACAAACUCAAUGGACCAUGACAAAUGUUUUUGAAGGAUAAUAUUUUUUACAAUAAAAAGUAAAAUUAAAAGAAAUAAAAAUUAUUAUUAAAUGUAUAAAACUUUACUCUAUUGUGUAAUAAAUUCUAUAAAGAUGGGUAAGGAUUAAAAUGGGAGCGAAAGAGGGCGAUAAGGUGUAGUAAAUGAAUGUGAUAAAAAAGCUAUAACAUAGAUUUAUAAAUGAUAAUAAAUUCUAAAAUUAAUAAGAAGCGCGCAAAUGAAGGAAAAAAGGAAGAAAAAAUCGAAUAGUUGCUUAUUUUUUUUUGUAAUAUACACCCUCUUGCAAAAAUAAAAAGAAAAAAAUCUCUUCUAGAAUAGACUUGGUGCUUUUAUAAUGCGGAAGAAGAAAAAUGUAUUGCAGAAUAAAAAAAAGUUGGAAUAUC